GGGGGGGCAGGCUGCCGCUGCGGCGGCUGGGCAGCCGCUGGCUGCAGACGACGCCGUGGUGAUGGUCACGCGGGCUUCGGCGCUGCCAGCGGUGGCCGCAAUGCCGGCGGACGGGCCCGUCGAGGAGGGGGGCGUGCAGACGCGGUACUACGUCACCCCCCUCGCUGGCAAGCACACGGUGGAGGUUCUUGCCGCCCUGUGCCUGAUAAUCGCGCAGGUGGAGCUCGAGUUCCAGGCGCGCGUAGUCUACCGCGCCCGCGCUGACCAGGCGCAGGACCACUCGGGCCCGAAGGCCGAUAACAACCCCCGUGCUGAGAGGGGCAUCGACAUUAUCAAGCAGAGGGGCAGAGCCAUGCUCAUGGCGAUGGACGCGGCAGACCGCGAGCAGCUGUGGCCAGCAGCGGUCGUGCACGCAGCAGCUCUCCAGCGGCGCGAAGCUCAGGGGAAGCCCGUUGGUUGUCCGAUGUUUGGGCAGCCCGUCACCUGCAGGAUCAAGCAGGUGCCGCAGUUUGCGUUCGCGCCUCGGGCUGUGCCACGGCAGUUUUUCAGCAUCUGCGACUUCGCGUUUGAGGCGUCACUGGUUGGCCACAAGGUUGCCCAGCGCGGCCUCGAGAGGUGGGAUUUCGAGACCUCUUCGAGCUUCGUCGUUGACGUCGUGCCUGGAGGUGGGCCCCAGCAGGAGGUCAACGAGCAGGGCGACCUGCAGGGAGAGAGGGAUCAAGGUAACCAGGAGGAGUCUGAGGACCUGAACCCCCUCCGCAUCCUUGACGAGGGGCCGAAGAAGAUCACGUGCCCCGCCUGCCUCGGAUCACAUCGUGGGCACGCGUGCGACCACCAGCGCCGCCAGGGCCCGUCGACCGACCAGCCUCUUGCCGCUGGUGCCGCUGCUGAUUCGGAUUCGGACGGCGCGCCUGAUCUCGUCGGGAUCAUAAAGGACAGCGGCACGCAGCCAGCGUCGAUGGCCGAGCUGCGAAAUGCCAUGGGCACCGAGCGUGACGAAUGGAAGCUGGCCGUGGAGGCAGAGCUCGCUCCUUUCUCGGAGAAGCAGGUCUUCGAGACCCUCGCCGAGGGCGAGAAGUUGCAGGCGCCGGCGGCGUCUGAUCCAGCCCGGCGCAGGCGCGAGAAGUUCCGCGCGGUCGCCCGCGGCAACUUCCAGAGGCAGGUGCCAGGUGAGGUCGUCCUCACGAGCAACGUGGAGAUCCUCAGCGUCAGAGCCGCACUUGCGAUCGCGAGCUCGUGCGGCUGGGCGCUGAAGGCGCUGGACGUGUCCACGGCCUUCCUGAAUGCGCCUCUCCCGGAGGAGGCCGGAGAGAUGCGUGAUAUGAGGUUCGAGGUUAAUGGCACAAUGUGCCGCUUGAUCCAGUCGCGCUGCGACGCCUCCGUCUGUGGCAUCGUGGAGGACGUGCCGACAAAUGCCGAGAGCGAGCAGAGGUCGUUGGGCCUGGUCAUGGUCUACGUGGACGACUUCUUGCUCGCCGGCGGCAGUGAGACGAUCACCGCAGUGGACGAGGUUGAGGCGAGGGCGGACAGUGAUUUCGUGGCCCACCAGGCCGCAUGCGUGGAGGACCUCUUGGGCGGAUGGCAGACGACGAGCGCCAAUGCGUGCGGCGCCAUGUCCAUCGAGCCGCUUGGGGAGGAGAUUGAGGCAGAGCCCGAACUCGGCGACGUUCGCCUCGCCCAGAAGCUCGAAGGCGGGCUGCCGUGGCUGUCGAGCCGCACCCGUCCCGACAUUGCGUUCGCAGUCAGCCGGGUGGCAGCGUGUGCGACCACGGCGCCGCAGUGGGCGUUGCGCCUUGGCAAGCGCAUUAUGCGGUACCUUCUCGGCACGCGCCGCCGUGGUCUGUUCUACCAGGCGGUGCGCGGCGAUGGGGGCCAGCUGGAGUUGCACGUCUUCGCCGACGCCAGUUUCGAAGCCGAGUGCACCCAGACGGGCGCAGGUUGCGAGAUCUGCGCGGAGGCCGAGAUUGCGGCCGUGGCCAUGGGCGUCGUCAUGCUGGGGGGCGCGGAGGCGAGCCUCACGAGCAUGAUGGUGAAGUUGCCGCUCUCCAAGAUGUGGGGCGACAGUGCCGCGCCGCUGCGUUCGGCCCGGGGCCAGGGCAGCUGGGGGGCGCGGGCGCUUUCCAGCAGGGCGUCGGCCCUCCGCAGCCGGGUGGGGAGCGAGACCCUUCAGCUCGACCACGUCGGGUCGAACGAGCAGCGGGCUGAUGGCCUCACGAAGGUGUUCUCGGCGCCCGCCAUGGCCCGGAUCAGGGGCCACUUCGGCCUCCGG